UCCGACAUGUUAAUAAGAAAAUGUAAUAGAAUUUAAUUCGAUUUAAGAUUAAUUUAAUGAAUUUGUUUUAAAUCUUCUAAGUGUUUUAACGAUGACUCAAAAUUUUUGUGCAUAACAAAGUUUUAUAUUUUCCAGUGUAAUUUUACUUACAUUGAAUAACUAAAUUUUAUCAAACCCUAUUUUCCAUUUAAGUUUUAAUAUUAUUCUUGAAAUGCUGGUGAAUUAUGGUGCAGAUAGUCAAGAACAUCCUAGUUCUUGCUAUUCUUCGCUGCGGAUAAUGAAAAUGACUCACAUUCCGUCAGGCUCGAUGUGAAGCGUACAGCGAUGGACAGCAAGGGCAUGAUGGCGGUCGUGCGCGGCCUGCCCGACUCCGGUCUCAUGGUCACCCUCAUGGACGGCGGCAAGCAGUACACGCUCAUGCCUAAAACGGGUAUAAAUUCGUCGCCGACGUACGAGGUGUGCAAUAAUUGCCUGUCGCGGCAAUCUCAGUGCGGCAACAGCGAGGUGCGUCCGCGACAGGACAGCGGCGCGCAGGCAGUCGACGGACGGUAUGCGAGCAGUUAUAAGAUUGAGUAUUGCAACAUGAGGCCUACAUCACCGCCCGUGGAGUUAACUGAGUUCCCGCCACAGAGGGCGCGGCUACAGCCAGGUCGCGGUAAUUUUGAAGUAGGUGGUAUCGGCAGCGGUGGCUCCACACCGAGGGCAAGUGGCAAACGAACUUAUUCGAGCUGUCGCGCCGUCGCAGCCGCAGCGAAUAUCCCGCAGUCAAAGUCGAAUGCGUUUGCAAGCUCUUUGCGAAGGUACCCGAGUGUGGGCCCAGAGCCCUCCUCCGAAGUGUUCGAGCGACUCAUCAGCUACACGAAGCCUUCAGACUCUUCACGACUAAACAAUCCUAAUGAUUGUCUGACAUGCUAUCAAGUGACGCCAACGACUAGAUAUCCCAGAUUCAAACAUUACGAACACAAAACACCAAGACAUUACGAUGCAUCACCGACACGCUACGAUGGUCUUCUGCCGCAUGAAUACGAUCAUUUGUGUAAAUAUCAUGAACAUAUAAAUGAUAUGUACUAUGGAAAUUCCAGAGGAAUCGACAGUAAAAGUCCAUACCAUAGGAUGAAUUCAAACAACAUGAGGAUGCAAGGUAGCAAAGUUGAUGCGGCCUCUGUUGUUGCCACACUUAAUGAAUCAUCAUAUGUAGAUCUACCGUCGUCAAAGUUGGAUAGUGAAGAAAAUUUAGCAAAAGGAAAAAGUAGUAAUGUUACUCUAGAAGCCAUACAUAUCCGUCCAAAUUCAUUACGGGACAAUAAAUCAAUGCAAACAUUCAACAGUUUGAUAGAAUUGAGACCAAAGAGAAAAACAAAGGCGCAUCGAAAACCAAAAAAAGCUAAAAUAACAAACCCGUUACCCGCUAAACGUAAAAUUUUAACACGAAAACCAAAACAGGAUGAUUGUAACACAUGUGAACAUAAAAGAUUGAAAACUGAACUAUUAGAGCUAAUUAAAGAAUUAAAUAAUUCCGAAGAGGACAAAAUGGAAGACAAACUAAGAGAAGUUUUGUGUAAAAUAUUAAAUUGCAUAUUAAAGCAUAGAAAACAAAGCAAUUCUAAGGACAGUUUAAUUCACGAUUUAAUAAAACAAUGUGACAUUGAAAACGUAGCAAGCGUUGGUACAGAAUCAUUUGAUUUCAAGAAAGAAACACUCGAAUAUGUUUGGGAAAAAUAUUCAAAUGAAGCAGCUAAAAUACAACGCGCUAUAAAAGAUGACAUGUUACCAAUACUCAAAUAUCAUUUGUUCAAGGAACAUGAAAAUGAAGUGGUCAACUUUAUUUUGUCAAAAAUAAUCAAAGAUAUCGUUGGUGUUGUAUCAAAAAUUGAAUACAAAUAUUUAGAAGAGUCGAAAAAUAGUUUGCAACAGCUACGACAUUUAGGUAAACCUAAAGUGAUCGAUAAUAAAAAAUCACAACAUAUGUACCAAAAAGCACAAGAGCAAAGUAAGAAAUGUCGCUAUCCCAUCGCUAUAAGAAACUUGGGUAAAACAAAAACUGUCGAUAAUUUAAAUAAAAAUAUUAACAAUCAAUCUAACGAAUCCAUAGAUUUGGAACUCCAGAGUAUAGUUAAUAUAUAUCAGGUUUUGAAGAAAAUACAUUCAUCUUCAGAGUUUCAAGCAAACUAUGUUACAAGUAUGCUUUUAAAUAGAUUUUGUACAACAAAAGCUUACGACAAUGAGUUGAAAAAUUGUUAUCGAAAGUCCCGACCUUGUUUGUCUCCAGCAAAAUGUAUAUCUGACACGUAUAUCAUGAUCCACGAUUCGUCACGAAAUAAAGCAAUACUUACAAAGAAAAAAAUGGAUAAGAUGAAUUUACAUGGUAGUACAAAAUUAUUAACUAGUAUUAAAAACAAGCAGACAAUGGAGACAAGUAUGGAGCAAAGAAAAAAGAAGAAUGAUAUAGAAAACGUUACUAAUGAAGAAAGACAGCAAACUAUAUGUCAAGCUGCAAUCCAUGAAAAUAUUCCAUCACCUCCAUUGGCAAUCGAAGCACCGAAUAUAGACAAUGAUUCAACAAAAGAAGAAACAUCACAAAAUAAUGGCACAAUUCCACAGCAAAUUGAGAAUAAAAUAAGACAAUGGUUUAUGAAAUUUGGAAUUUAUACAAUACAAAAUACAGUUUGUUACGACAAUAUUUUAAGAAAUUUGACGGAAGAUAUAACUACACAAUUAACGCUAUUAAAUAAACAAUCAAGCGAUGCAACUAGAGAAUCUGUUGCUGACUACCUAAAAUGUGUCAUCUGUAAGCAUUUGUUCCUUCCUAUGACCGGAAGAAAUUUUGAAUUGGCUCAUAAAUUAUCUGAAUUAACAAAAGAUGUCCUAAACAUUUUCAAUUUAAACACAAAUGAGAAUUGUCAAACGAAAAUUUAUCACGAACAAUCACCAAUUGCUUUUACCUCACAUCAGAAAGAAUAUAACAUACCAAAACCUCCCAGUUUAUUACCAGGAUCAUAUUAUAAAGCUGAUAAAAGCGUUAUGAAAGAUAUUUAUUCUAGAAUAAUGUUAUGUGAUGAAAAUAUACUCAAAAUACUGCCUAGAGAUUUGUUGAAACAGGAGGCUGAAUGUUACUGUGGGCAAAAAUGCAGAAAUGGCGAAUGUCAGAACCGCGCGAAAAAUCUAAAUAAGGACAAUAGUAAAAAUAAAAGUGAUUAUAAGAUAAUACUUACAACCACAAACACAAAUGAUUCCGAAAAUGCUGUAAACAGUGCAAAUACAUCAAACGACAAUGCUAAAGAUCCGAAUUCUUCUAUUCAACCAAAUCAAAACAAUGUCAAAGAUAUACCCGAAAAUGCAACGAGACAGCAAUUGCAUGAAUAUUGUGUUGAGACAUUUCGUAACUACUGCAAAGAGCUACCUAUUUUAGCAACUAAUCCUGACUUGACAGAAUUAGCCAGGGAAGGUGUACUACACAAUAUUUUAAAACUCUUCUAUAUGUUGAUAGAAGACUCACAUGUGGAAAACGAUUACACGUACUUUCAGUUUACUUUUGAAGACGAAAUCGAUGGUCUCUUAGAUAUUCUGCCGCAAACAGAGGAGAUGAAGAAUAUGAGACAAAGAUGGAAAUCAAAAAUAGUGAUGGAGGCAGUAAAUAUACUAAAAUAUAUGCACAAAACAAAGGACGACACAGAAUUCAAACAGAAACUUAAUCAAGUAUCAGAUAGACGCAAGUUAAUGGUAGAACAAAAACUAGACGAUGAAUACUCUCAACAAUUAAGCGCUUUAAGAAUGGCUGAAAAAUUUAUAGCCACAACAGACUAUCGUGAACAAAAUCCUCUUAAAAUGAAAGUUUACAUGCAACGGUUAAUGAAUCGCUCGAACCAGAUAUACGAAUGUGUAAAAAUAAAAGAAGGGAAACCAUUUUUAGAGUUGCCAAUUGAAAGCAUAAAUGAAAUAGUAUUCAAAGAACUCCAAAAUGUACCAAUACCAAACAAUGAUAUUGAAAAGCAAGAAAUUAAUUUAGUGGAAAUAAAUAACGAGAUAGAGGCCUGGUUUAAUGAAUUACCAGUAGUACCAACGGAAGGAAUAAAUAUAAACAAAAGAAAGAUAUUAAAACAAUCGCUAGCUAAUAAAAUUAAUGGCUUGGAUAUGAAUUUGAGCUUAGACAGUCCCGGAGCUGAUAGAGAAAUGAAACAGGAAAUUAGCGUGUUUUUAUCUGAUAAAGCAGUUGGGCUUGAAAAAGAUCAAGACCUUAAUAUUAAUUAUAUGGUUGAAGAUCUCGCUAGAAGACUGAAACGAAGACGAGAACGAGAAAAUUCCUUGGAUUAUGAUUCAUUUAAAAAACACGUUCCAUUUAAUUCAAGUAUUCAGAAAAUCGAGAAUUCAGUGAAUGGCUCUUCACAAGUUCAGGAAUUUGAUAAAGUCCCGUACAGUAGUCAAAAUGUAAGAAUAUCUAAAAAUAAUGAAAGAGUUCGUUUUGAAGAUCAAAUUCCACAUGAGGAUAAAAUAGUAAAAUUACAACCAUUGAGAAGGUCCAUAGAUAAAGGGGUUUUAGGAACAAGUCAAACGCCAGGACCCAGCACUGAUGAAGCUUAUUUAACUUUAUCAGCACGUCCUAGAACUUCUAAUUCUCAAGAACCAUCCCAACGUUAUCCUAACAUCUCUAGCCAAAGAAGAAAAAUAUUUGCUCCCGAAGAUUUAAAUGAAAUAAGUAAAUUUUUUGAAGAAAACCCAAAUGGUAUUAAUAAAAGUGGCCGUUAUAGAAGUCCCUCAGUUGGCCAACAAAGAUCCGAUUAUUACUCAAUGCGUGAACAUCCUAAUACAAAUAACUUUUUUUAUGACCCAAGAUCUUCUAAAUCACAAUAUGGUGGCCCUUCUAUAUCCACAGCACAGAUGACGCCACCUUACGGAAAACCUGUAAAUUACAAUAGUAUCCGUGACGAGAGAUAUGAUUAUGAUAUGGAUUAUGAAAGAGAAAGAGAUCUAAGCAGACUUCGUUGUAAGUGUGGCGAAGGUUCUAUAAGGCGCAGAAGACGACGUUCGUGUCAUUGUGAAGAUUUUUACCCGAUGCCCUCGUGUUGUUUUUUGCACAAUGAUUUUUGAGUGUUUUACAGACAAUUUUUUUCUAAAUGCUUGUAA